GCCUUUAUUCAGAACGGCCAAGGCGGAAGUAGGGCGUGGACGCGCGCUUCCUCUGCUAAAAGAAAGCUCGUCGAAAUAGUGUCGUUGUUAACGAUCGUUGGGUUCUGAACCGACCUCGAAAUGAAGGGACCGCUGUGCUUUGGGCUCGUGGUUGUGCUUCUGUUGGAGGUGCUGGGCUCGGUUCUGGCCGUAGACAGAUACGUCAUGGUUGGCGGUUCGCUGAACCUCAGGCCUAAAGCCUCGUCCGAUCACUUCAACAACAUCCUAUGGAAGCACAACGGGAACCUGGUGGUUGAAUGGGUGGAGGAUAAAGUGCCCGUGGAGUUCUACAGUACGUUUAAAGGCCGAUCCAGACUGGACACAACCAACGGACGCCUGGAAGUCGACAGCAUGACUAAAGCUGACUCAGGGAUCUACUCAACGGAGAUCAACAACCUGGUCCAGAGCGAUCGAUACGACGUGAAAGUGAUCGGGGCUGUGCCGGUUCCUGAGGUCACGAGGAAACCACUGACAUGUGGGACUGGUUCUGACCAAAGAAUGUGCACCCUGGCCUGUAACGGGUUUGAGAUCAAAGAUGCUGAACCCAUCACCUACAGCUGGAAGAGAGACGGGGAGGUGAUACCGGACUCAUCAUCAGCGAACCUCACCAUCACCAACGACAAAGAAACACAACGAGUGAAGAAGUACAGCUGCCUGAUCAAGAACCCAGUCAGUGAGAGGGAGAGUAAAGCCUAUGACAACCCGUUCUUCAAGGAGGAAGGUUCCCAAAUUGGAUUGGUUGCGGGUUUAGUUAUUGUAGUUUUAGCUGUAGGGGGUGUAGGAGGGUUCCUUUGGUGGUACCGAAAGAAUAAACAAAAUGAUAACAAUAGACAAAAUAGUGACGGGGGAGUGGGGACUUCAGACAAUAAGACUAAAUCUAAGGAGGGAAAAAAUGAAAAUGUGGCCCUCAUGCCAUCAAAUAAUGAAUCCCAGACGGAAUCUAAGCCAUGACGACACUGUCACAGACUGGAGCUGGUUCAUAGUAUUUAGCUGUGUACAGAUUAACUGCAGUGGAAGUCUCUUUCCAAGGUGUUGGAUUUGGAGAACAAAAUUGUCUUAUUGUGUAUUUCUUUCUCUAGAGAGACUGUUACCAGGUAGUUUGAGUGAUGGCAACACAAUCACAGCAGACACUUGAAAAGGAGAAAGUAAGUCAAUAACCAUUUUAUUACAGUGGUGGAAGAAGAACUUCACACCAAAGGGUAGUAAUACAUUUGUGAAGGUGAAAGAUCCCACUAAACGUAACUUAGUACAACAGUUACACAAAUUAAAUAAAUUAAAUUAAACUUGGACAUAAAUUUGCGAAUAUAAAAUACCAAAGCUUGGUCUGUCUUUUUGGGCGCUAAUUUUAGAUUCAUGUGUUAUGUUUUCAGCUACUAGUGAAGAGCAGUAGCUCAUCAGCUGUUCAUUACCUUACCUUUGAUGUAAUCAGUGAAGUCUUACUGCUGCACAAUGAACAGUAGAGUACGAGUAACUUCUAAUGAAUCCAUCUAAGUUUAAAUACUUGAACGUUGUACUGAGCUCUGCAGUAGUGGGACAGAAAAAUGUCCGACUACUGAAGCGUAGAAUAAUCAAUUAGUUUAUAAAACCUGACCGGUUGAGGUGGAAUCUCCUGAGACAAGGAUCAUGUUAGGGGAUCAACACUGAUCCUGAUCAUGAUUCAGUAGAUGGAAAAAGUGUGAUCUGUGUUGAUGAACCUGAAUUGACGUCAGUCUGUAACCUGUAUUGUCUCCUGCAUAGACUUCAUCAGUGCAGCGGCACCAGAGACAGGAAUAAUAAAUAAUGUGUAUUUUAUUGAAUGAUCAUAUUUCAGCUUCUCUGUUUGCAGGGAGAGUUAAGUGCAGCCUAUUGGUCUGUUUUAUAUGUUUGUUUUUGCUUUGCUUGUUAUUUUAUUGUGUAUUUUAUUGUAUGAGUAUCAUGGAAGUUUGGGCUGUGAGAUUUUAAUUAUCGUAACUAACCUGAGCUGUUUUCUCUAAAUAAAUGUGAGCGUAGCUCAUUCUAACGCUGAA